AUCUGAUUGAGCUCGCGCUCGUGAGCAGGAUGUUGUGGAGCUCGGAGAUCUGCUGACUCGCCCCGGGGCUUUACGAUCCCUUUCUGCUGGAUCAACCCGAGCUGUAGGAGCUUCUCCUUCUUCUCCUUCUUCUUCUUCUUCUUCUUCUUCUUCUUCUUCUUCUUCUUCUUCUUCUUCUUCUUCCUCUCAUUCUUCUAAAGGACCUCUCUGUCUCUGGAUAUCUGAGAAACAAGCAAAGAAGAGGAGGUGUUUCAUCUGAGCGCGAGCCCGGGUUGAGGAGCUUUCCGCACCGCAUUCCGUCUUUAAAUUUUCGCUUGUUCUGGUUUUGUGUCAUAUCUAUUUAUUUCGGGAUGAUGCCACCGCAGAUGAGGUUCAGGAGAAGAUCCUUCCUCGGGCUCCUCUUCCUCUUCUCUCUCUCUACAUCGGCGCUCUACUUCAUCUACUCGGCUCCCGGGAUCGUGAACGAGUAUCUGUUCAUGGUCCAGGCUCGGGGAAUGUGGAUCCGUGAGAACAUGAGGAACAUCGGAGCUCAGGUUCUGGAGCAGGUGGUCAGGAGUGCUUACAGCGCCAACGGAACAGACUACAUGUAUGACUUUAACCUGAGUGAAACAGCUCCCCCGCCCACUCCGUACCUGCCCGUGGGGUUCACUUACCUGUCCACUGAUAUCUGCCCUGAGAAACUGCCCACUAUGAAGGGCAGACUGAAGGUGGACAUGAGUGAGAUUUCUCUCGAAAAAGUGGAGAAAAAGUUACUGAAAUCUGACUCCAGUAUCCGGUUUGGAGGCCAGUGGAAACCCCAUGACUGCAUACCUCGCUGGAAAGUGGCCAUUUUGGUGCCUUUCCGGAACCGUCACGAGCAUCUGCCCAUUCUCCUGCGUCACCUGAUCCCAGCGCUGCAGAGACAGCGACUCCACUUCGGCGUCUACAUCAUCGAACAGACAGGAGAUGAGCCCUUUAAUCGUGCCAUGCUCUUUAACGUGGGCUUUAAGGAGGCGAUGAAGGACAUUCAGUGGGACUGCGUCAUCUUCCACGACGUCGAUCACAUCCUGGAAAACGAUCGGAAUUACUACGGAUGCAGCGGAAUGCCGCGCCACUUCGCCGUCAAACUCAACAAAUACUCCUACAUAUUGCCAUACGAUGAGUUUUUCGGUGGCGUGAGCGGCCUCACCUCUGAGCAGUUUCAGAAGAUAAACGGUUUUCCCAAUGCAUUCUGGGGCUGGGGAGGAGAGGACGAUGACCUCUGGAAUCGGGUCCAGUAUGCGGGCUACACGGUGAGUCGGCCUCCAGGGGACAUCGGGCGCUACAUGUCCAUCCCUCACCACCACCGGGGAGAAGUGCAGUUUCUGGGCAGGUACACGUUACUCCGCCACUCGAAGGAGAGACAGAGACUGGACGGUCUGAACAACCUGAACUACUCCCCCCUGGUGUCCAGGAGGCAUCUCUACACCAACAUCUCCGUCACACUGAGUCGAGACCUCGCUCCCGUCACCGAAUAUUAACCCCUCCCACUCCACCUCUCUGCCUCAUCCUCGCCGGAGCCAGGAGGAGGAGUCAGUUCCGUCAGCUCUCCUGUCCUCCUCCAAACCUUCUCCAAUCAGCCAGAGUCUUCUCCACAUUUCAAUCACUUUUUAAUUUUUCCCUCCUGAAAUGGAAAUAUCCCUCUCAUACCGUCAUAUCAGCACGACCUACACACCGAAACAUUGAGGAACAAUUUUCCCACCUUUUUUUUUUUUAUCGGAAUUUCAGCCACUUUGACCACGCCCAUCUUUAAAAAAAAAAAAAAAAAAAAAAAGCCUCUACUGAGGAAAAAAAAGUGCCGGGUCUUUUUCUUCAGAUGCCACUACAGCGAGAGUGGAGUCUUCGUGUUUACAACGGGAAUGAGUAAGCUAGCAAUCUAGUUAGCUGCCAUAGCAGGAGAACAAGCUCAUUCCUUUUGGAUGAAAGUAACGCGCAGCUGGAUUCUGUGCAAAAUAUAAUUCAGAAAAAUGCACUGAUAGGAAUGCAGUAGAAACAUUUAUCAAAUAUAUCAAAGCCACUGUGUGUGUGUGUGUGUGUGUGUGUGUGUGUGUGUGUGUGUAGCCUCUCCUCACAUGUCCUCUUUCCCUGGAAUGCUAAUAACACCUUCACCUGACUCAUCAGACUCGUUUAAGGUGCAUGUGUUGGAUUAAGUCACAUAUCCGAACACGACACAUACAGAGCGUUAGCAAAGGUUUGAGAAAUGUGUACGGAAAAGUUCACGCUAAUAGAAAAAAAGAAGCUAAUCAGGCUAUGCAAACCUUCUGCUCCAAUAUCCACCUGCCGCUAGCGUUCGCACACGCACAUGACAUCCGCGCCAUCUGUCGAGGCUCUUCAUUUACAUGCACCGAUUUAUAUGUACAUACAAAGCAUGCAUUAGCAUUGUGUGUGUGUGUGUGUGUGUGCGUGUGUGUGUGCGCGUAAAACAGAACAGAGCUAUGCAAAGCGCUGUUGUGAAAUUCAAAUCCGUUGUUUUUUGAACGAACGCUAGUUUUGCUAGUAACGUGACCACCGUGCUAACUAGCGAAUUUAGCAAUGCUAGUUUUCAUUCAACAAAAAAAACAUUAUAAAAAAAUAAAAGUUAUCAUAAUAUUUGUAAAAAUGUAAAAAAAAAAAAAAAAGGUUCUUAAAGUGAUGUUUACACCACGAGGGCAACGUUUAUAACCGAUUUUAGCUGUUUAUAGACGUUCUACACACUGGCUAGCUCUGCUGCACUGCUAACACACAUGAAGGUUUGUUUACACUGUGUGUGUGUGUGAUGUCUCUAGCUACCUCUAUACCAAUCUAAACUAAUUGUUGGGAGCCAUCUGUACUUAAUUCAGGAAGAUCAAGCUAGGCUGACCUAACACACACACACACACACACACACACACUUGCUUUCCCUCAUUCACUUCAGCCCUCUGACUAUCACCACAUGAUGAUUUUGUGAUUUCAUAUCGUGUGUGUGUGUGUGUGUGUGUCUAUGAUCUUUACCAGAGGCUGGUCCUCUUGUAUUUAUUCCAUGAUGGAGAUUUUAUCCUGUAGUUUAUUUUGUUAUUUUCAGCAAAACACACAGACGGAUCAAAACGUGAAAAAACAAGUCGAGCUGUGAUAUUUAAAAAAGAAAAAAAAGCACCGUAAACAGAAAACGUAAACAGAACGAAUGUUUGGGUGAUGAAACUGAUGGAAGGAGAGCUGAGAGAGAGAGAGAGAGAGAGAGAGAGUGUGAGAGAGAUGAUACCCAUGGUGCUGAGUAUUGUGCAGCUGCUAUUUUAUUCUCUAUUUAUCUGACGUCAGUCAAUUAUAAACCCAUACAGACUGAAGGCGGGGCCUCGCAGUGGGCAUGUCUCCUCGGUUCUCUCGGCAUCUGAUGGAAAUGGUUCGAUCUUGCCAAAAUGGGGGUCUUUUAUUCUAGAGAUUUGGACCUGACUCUCAGACGGACGUCUGUUCUGACCCUGUGUUCAUGCUAGCAAGAGACAAAUCGCUUACACGCGUCACGUCACAGCUCCUGUUGUUGCGUGUGGGUGUGGCCUGUCCACUUGUGUCAUCUUCGUCUCGAUGGCUAAUCUCAAUGGUGACCUGGACUGCGAUUUAUUCUACAGGCAUCUUUCGAGAGUUCCGUUUUUUUUCCCGCAAUUCGCAGGUACGGCAAGAUCGAAACAUAACGUCGUUCUGGUUCCCAACGCAAGCCGAUCGCCACGUAAAGAUCCUGAAUCUAAACUGCACCCGUUUAAAUAACAACCGGUGAGAAAAUCACAGUUGUGUAGAUUAGCAAAGGGAGCUAGCUGCUCCAGUUGUGUACUCUCAGAAGAGACAGCGCUAAUGUCUGUUGCUACAUGCUACACAUGCAGCGAGAGCUGGUAUAUAACAGAAUAACAGGAAACUUCAGACAGGAGUCAUUUGAGGAAUCCUUCGCUUGUUGCUUUAUGACGUCAUAAGUGAGAGAAUCUGCUGCCUUGUAGCUGAAAUACGCAAAAUUGUGCUUUGUCUCCAGCUAGUGUGAACGCAGCUUUACUGACUGAACGAUUCAUCGUUUCCUAGUUUUUUUGUUUUUUUAUACGGAUCUAUUUAUGUGCAAGUGAAGACCCCCAUGACCGGCAAACUCCCUUCAACCAUAGCCAUGCUAAACUUAUUAACUUAUCCAUCCUGAUCCGUUCCUUAUGACGGGAUCGCGGAGCUUUCUCUCCUCGUCCUCGACGGAACGGCAGCCUUAAAGUUUCAUUUUCUUUCGAUGUAAUUAUUUUUUAUUUUUAUAGUCAGAUCUAUUUAAAAUUGAAUGCAUAUGUAUGAAUGAAUGAAUGAAUGUACACUUGUAUAUAAAUGCUGGUUUUAUUUUAAAUAGUUAAAAAAAAAUCCAAGAAUGAAAGAAAGCUCUUAAUGAUUAUUAUGAUAAAGCUGGAAUAUUGAACAAAAUAAAAUAUGUAAAAAAAAAAAAAAAAAUAUUUUUGUUUCUGCAAAAAGCUGAUUUGGUGUCAUUCGGGAAAAUUUCCCACAUUAAAAAAAAAGAGUAAUGAGACGAAAUAAAAAAAAAUUGAGCCUUUUGGUCUAACGAGAAUUUCAUACUGAUAAUUAAAAAAUAAAUAAAUAAAUAUGUGAAAAUCCCAUUUAUUUCCCAGCUGGACAAACGGACAGCUGUGUAUUCAGUGUCUUUAUAUGAACCCAAAUGAAUAUGUAAAUGUUUAAAGAAAGUGGAGUUAGUAAUAAUAAUAAUAAUAAUAAUAAACACUGGGAUGUGAGUGUAAGGGGAUGAUGCUGUCUCCUGAAUCUGAAGCCAUCUGUCUGUCUCACCUCCGUGUCUGUGCUUUAUGUUCAAGGAAAAAAAUAAUAAUUUGGAUUGGAGAAAUUUUUUUUAUUCUUCAAAUUGUUGUUGAAAUCCAAAAAAAUAAAAGAGACAUUACACCA